AUGGAAAAUAAUAAUUUUAGAAAGCCUUAUUAUUCAGUUCACAAUAUCCCAUAUACUUCAGAUUAAAAAAGAAGAGCGAAAAUAAUAAUUAAAAAGAAUAAUAUUAAACUAAAGAAUAUCAAUGUACCUAAAUUAGAAAGAAGUCUUAGUGCGCCUCAUAAUAUGAAAUUUUUUGGGAAGUUAUUUAAACCUCUCUAAAUUUUUAGAAGUUAAUAAUAAUAACAUAGUAUUAAAGAAUCUUUAUCUCCUACUAGAUAAUCAAAAAUAAGAACUGGGAGAAAUACACUGAAAUUUUCUGAAUAUAAUUCUAAUGAACCAAGUUAAUAAGUAAUUAUUAAUAACCAAAAAGAGAAAGAUUAAGUAAAAGAGAUAUAGAAAAGAAAAAGUUGUGAUUGUUCUGAAUGUGGUAAGUAAUCUUUAUUUUAGAAGGACACAAUGAAUUAUGGAGUUUAUAUUAAUUAAUUAAUGAGAGAGUAGGAGUCUGCUAUUAAUAAAUUUAAAAGAUCAAUACGAAAACAGUAAAGUUUGUUAUUCCCUUCAUAUCUUAAUUCUCCAAAAAAUAGUACAAACAAUGAAAAUAUAGUUGAAGAAAGCUAAAUUCAUAAAGAAGAUAUUAUGAUAAAAUCAAUUACUCACAGACUAACUUUAAGUAGCAUUUUUUUUGAAGAAUAAAUAUCUGUGAAUAAAUUAUCUCCUAUAAAUUCAUAAAGAAGAAUUAAAUAUUGCUAUUUUGAAUCUUUUUUGAUCAAAUAGUAAAAGAUUAUGAAUUAAGAAAAAUAAUAGUUCUCUAGAUAAACAGGAUAAUUUGAAUCCUUAUAUAAAAAGAGUCAUUUUUCUAAUAAAAAUACUGAAAUGCAUACUCCAAAAGUACUUACUCCUAGAUCUCUAACUUCAUCUAUUAUUACUGGGUUUCCGUCUUAAUCUCCUGUGAAAAAGAAGAAUCUAAGUAAUGUUUAUUUGUAGCCUCAAAAAUCAAAGUUCUUUAUAAACUAAAAGAGAAAUACAACUCUUCCUGAAGUCCAUUAAUGA